AUGACGCAGGCUCUUUUCUUCCAUGAAGCUGAGCAUAGUUGUCGUCAUUUCUGGGACUCAGAUAAUGCACAGUUGUCGCCUUGUGCACUGUCUUAUGUUGUAAUUGCCCCCGCUCUAAUUAUACUGCUUAUUUCUUUGUGCUCUCUAUCAAACCCAUUGUUGCAGCGAUGGCGUCCCAAAUGGACCUAUUCAUUUAUCACAGAACAAGAGGAUUGUCAAGAUAUCCCUCUCGAAGAGACGAAAGAACCUCUUCACUGGACAAUCGCUCUUCUGGCCUUCUCAGUAGUUGGCUUAUUGACGCAGGUUGUUCAUCUCUUGCUAAUCAGAUUUGAUCGUCCUGCGAUCGUCCUACUUGCUUCAUGGGCUGCAGCAUGCAUAUUUGUUGCUGCCACACGGCCAAGAUCAUGUCCAAUUUCAAUGCUUGUUUUCUUCAUUCUGACCUUUGGUGUCGAGGUAACCCUGGCAACCAGAUUCAGUACAUACACAGACCCGGAUACGAUCGCGCAUUAUAUUGCUGCAGCUGCAGCUUUGGCAGCCUGUGUCACAAUUCUGCUUAUGCCAUUUAGAAAGCCGUCUUUGGCAGCCUCUGAUAUAAGUGCCGUGGGAAAAACGCCAUCCAGCGACUUCCGAAGCCCAGAGGACAAUCUACGGCUAUGGCAAUUCCUCACUGUAUCAUGGAUGGCACCGCUCAUAUCCUUAGGUCGCCAGAGGCAACUGAAUGAACCUGACGUAUGGUAUCUGGGAUAUGAAUUCCAGCAUCGCCGGCUACAUGAAUCGUUCCAUCGCCUUCGAGGAUCUGUUCUCGUUCGUAUCUUGAAAGCAAACGGUGUCGACGUGCUUAUCAUUUCCUUGAUUUCACUAGUUGAUAUGGUCUCCGAAUUUGCUUCACCUAUCCUUCUUCAACAGCUACUGAAAUCCAUGCAAGAUCCCACAAAAUCAACGCGUGUGCCAAUGACAUAUGCGGCUCUUUCUGUGCUUUUCCGCUUAGUUGCUGCACAGUCUACAGUCUUGAAUCUAUGGUACGGUCGACGAUGCUAUGAGAGGGUCAGGGGUGAGCUGGUGAUGAUGGUCUAUGCAAAGGCAUUAUCUCGCAAGAAUAUCAUCGGUUUGAACAACGAGUCCUCCAAUGACGGCCACAGCAUAAUCGAUGGUGAUGAGGCUGCAAACGAAGCGGAUUCGCCACAAAAGUCGAGCUUCUGGAAAUUCUUCCUCUUUGGACGACAAACGAAAACACAACCCAAAAGCAAAAAGGGCAAAGAGGCUGCGUCCUUAGGCAAGAUCUUGAAUCUUCUUCGCGGUGAUGUUUAUGAUGUUGCCCAGCGGUUCUGGGAGAUUAAUGAUCUCAUCGAUAAACCUUUAGGCUUGGUUAUUGCCGUUGUAUUGGUCUGGAAUUUGUUCGGCCCGUCCUGCCUUCUCGGAAUUCUUGCCGUUGUAGCAUCUCAAACAGUGAACUUGGUUAUUUCCAGGUUUGUUCUUCGAUGGGAGCGCGUCAAAAGAGCCGCCACAGAUGCUCGCUUGCAAAUCACCUCCCAAUUUGUUGAAGCGAUUCGCCAUUUGCGAUGGUACGGUUGGCAGGACCAUUGGCUGCGACAGGUUAUGGAAGCCCGGCAACAUGAACUGAACCUGCGGAUAGUCACUAGCUUGUGGAACAUUCUCAUCCGUUUCAUCAACGCCUUUGCAAUUGGCGCAUUUCCAGUUGUUGCUCUUUAUGCUUACACCAUUCUGGCAGGCCAUGAGCUGCGUAUUGAUAUCAUCUUCCCCGCAUUGGAGCUCUUUAGCAUGUUGGAGUCGCGCUUACGUGACAUCCCUGGACUGAUCACAUCACUUAUCAAUGCCUCUAUUGCACUUGGUAGAAUUGAGGACUUCGUAUCUGAGCCUGAUAAAGAGGCAUCUCCACAAGCUGAUUCUUCUGAUGACAUUGCAUACAAAUUGCGGUCGUCAUCAUUUGCCUGGCCUGGAAAAUUAAACCCAGUGCUAGUUGAAAUCAAUGUGGUCAUUCAAAAAGGACUAACGGUCGUGAGUGGGAAAGUAGGAUCAGGCAAGACGGCAUUCCUGCAAGCUCUUUUGGGAGAGCUUGAUCAGUUGAGUGGCUCUUCCCAUCUUUCAAAUGAGAUGGUAGGGUACUGUGCACAGACUCCUUGGCUGCAAAGUAUGAGCAUCCGCGACAAUAUCUUGUUCUCGUCUCCUUAUGAAGAGCAACGCUACAAGAAGACCAUAGAGGCAUGUGCUCUCCUUCCAGACCUGUCGCUAUUCAAGCACGGUGACCUAACCUUUGUGGGCGAGAAUGGUGUCGGUCUCUCUGGAGGGCAGAAGGCACGGGUUGCUCUCGCACGUGCAGUGUAUAGUCAUUCUCGUGUCCUCUUGCUGGAUGAUCCCCUGUCAGCGCUGGAUCAUAACACCGCUGAGUUUGUGGUCCAGAAGUGCUUCACUGGUCCUCUGAUGAAAGAUCGUACCACCGUCCUGGUCACUCACCGUACUGCGCUGGUACAUGGAAUUGCCGAGCAGAUUGUUGAAAUCAAUGAGGGACGUGCCACAGUCUACGAUACACCCUCUAAUUUCAAUAUCACGCAGCAGUCGUCAUUACAUUUGCAGGAACCUGCAACGGAGACUGAUGGCAAAGUCGGCGAAGACGAAGAAGACGUAGUGCCGGACAAAUUCAUGGAAGAAGAGUAUCGUGCAGAAUGGGGUGUUAAGGCACGAGUCUACUGGACCUAUAUCAAGGCAGGAAAAUACCGCUGGUGGCUUGCACUUAUUCUUGUCCUAGCAGUGCACCGACUUUCGUCUGUGGGACAAUCAUGGUUUCUCAAAGGAUGGGGUGAAGCGUACGGUCGGACGGAAUCUACCUUUAUCAGUCUUUCAAGUCUGGCAUCAAACAUUGAAUCAUAUUUCGUGCCUUCAAAUCCAAUGGAAAACCUGCCUUCUCCACGAGAAGAUGUUCGUCCAUGGCUAUGGGCCUUCUUUGCAAUCGUCAUAUUCCAGGCUAUGGCACUUCUUGUCACACAGAUACUGUUGUUGGUCAUUGUGUACUGCGCUGGAAAGAUUCUCUUCCACCAGUUGAUGGUCCGAGUCAGCCAUGCAACUUUCCGGUUCUUUGAUGUCACUCCCAUGGGUCGAUUGAUGAACAGGCUUACAUCAGACAUCAGCGUCGUUGAUGGAAAUAUCAGUGAACAAUUCCAAGCCAUCGCCUUUUCCGCCAUUUCCUGGAUCGCCUCACUGCUCGUGAUUGCCACUGCAACUCCGGCGUUCCUCAUGUUCUCUUCGAUUCUCACAGCUGCCUUUGUCUCCAUAUUUCUACGCUUUCUACCAACAUCCCAAAGCUUAAGACGACUUGAAAUGGUCUCUCUCACCCCUUUGCUAUCCAACUUUGGGGAGCUUCUGCAUGGGCUGACCACUGUCCGAGCCUUUCAUGCCGAAGAGCGGUUUCAGAGCCGCGUUAUUUCAGUCGUAGACAAGUUUCAGGGAAUGGACCACUUCUACUGGUCUUUGCAGUCGUGGCUGAUGUAUCGUUUUGAGAUUUUAUCAGCUUGUUCAACAUUCUGUUUGACUGCUCUCGCGCUAUACACGAAGACAACACCUGGCCUGGUGGCGUUUGUCCUCAUUGCCGCCAGUAACUUUGUCGACUCGACCCAUCUCUUAUGUAGACAGUACGGUUCGCUUCAGAUGAAUUUCGUUUCAGUCGAACGAAUAUACGAGCUCCUCCAUAUCGAGGAAGAGUUCUCGGGAAGUGUUGAUCCCCCAGCUGCGUGGCCAGCGUAUAGCAGUGAUAUCAUCUUUGAAAAUGUCACCCUUCGCUACGCACCUCACCUCGAUCCAUCUCUUACCGAUGUCUCCCUCCGUAUUCCUGGCGGAUCCACUACCGCCAUCAUCGGCCGUACAGGCAGCGGCAAGUCGACAUUAGCAGUAUCGCUUUUAUCUGUCAUUCGACCUGAGACUGGUCGCAUUUUGAUCAAUGGUAUCAACAUCGCAGAAGUCAAUAAACAAGCCCUGCGAACUCGAGUGACGUUUGUUGCACAAGAUCCCGUUCUAUUUCCUGGAAGCAUUCGUCUGAAUCUCGACCCUACGGAGGAGUUCUCUGACCAGCAGUGUGCAGAUGUUCUGGAUCGCCUGUGCGGUCGACAUGGCUGGAAUCUAGAAACACAUCUCGAGACUGGAGGGCGUAAUCUGAGCCAGGGACAACGACAGCUCAUUGCUCUUACUCGUGCCGUUCUUCGACGUAGCCCUGUUGUCAUUUUUGACGAGGCUACAGCAUCCAUUGACCAGGAAACCUCUCUUGAAAUUCAGCAGAUUAUCAGAGAGGAGCUGCAUCUUUCUACUGUCAUAACCAUUGCGCACCGAGUGGAGGCUGUGAAGGAUGCUGACUAUGUCGUAGUCUUAGACCAGGGCCGAGUGUCUCGGCAGGGGCAGGUUGAUAUUAUCGAGGCAUCCUAA